GCUCGUCUAAAUUUUGUUAGCUGUGACGUUCAGUGAAAGAGCGUUAAAGUACAUACAAACAAAAACAAAAAUAAAAGCAUUAAAAACAAUAAAAAGCUUUACGGAAAAACACUAACUAAUUUACAAAUUUUCCACAAAAAGCAUACAAAUAAAAGUGCUUGUGAAAAUUGUGUUGCCCGAAACAAAACAAAAAAAAACCAAAAGUGAUUUUCUCACAAGUUCACAUAUUAAUUUUAUAUAUACGCAAAUUGUUUUGUAUUUACGACUACUUGAGUGCCAUUGAGAGAAGUGCCAGACGCGUUUGUCGAGACAAGAGUCCACUUAAGAAAAAAUCGAAAACUUCGCGCGUGGAACGACUUACAACAAACGCAAGCAGCGAAAAAGAGGAAGAAGAUAAGAGAGAUUUGGAAACAAACGGAUAUAAUUGGAUAAUAUAGAUUUCGUUUGUGUUAGAAGCGUUGAAAACUGUGAUUUAACGGCCCCAGACGUCUAAUAACAAUUUAAACUGAUUAUUUGCAAUUAUUUGUGAAUUUUAUUCUUGUGGAAUCGCUAAAGCUUUUAGCAGAUCACGACUAAACCAAAAUGUCCGACACCUUGAGCCGAGUCAAGCUACAACUACGUCCAGUCAACGGCAGUAUCCUCAAUGGAAGUGGCAAUGGCAAUGGCAGCGAUGAUAAAUCCCCCUCUUCUCCAGCCACUAAACUGUUAAUUAAUCACGGUAAACCAAACUACACGAUUCAGCGCUCUCCGAAGUCUCAACAAAAUGGCGACGCCAAUCCGUUGAACAACGAAUUACAGAAUAACAACCGCAACAAUUACUAUCCAUACAAAAGUGCUGGCGUGAAGGGUACGACCGGUAUUCUCACAAAUGGCAAUGGCAGCAAACCGAUUGUUUCUACAAAUAACAACAAUAACACCAGCAAACAAAAUGGUGACAAUCUGGUCAUACAGAGCACCAAAUUCAAUGGUGCCUUCAAACCCGCCAAUGUACAGCAAGUGGAAAACAAGGAUGAAGUAGACAAUCAAGUUGUGUUGAGGCAUGUACCAAAGCCGGAGUCUGUAUCAGCACCACAGAAUGACAAUGAAGAGAAUGUGCCGGAGUUUAUAUUGCGACAACGUCGUAUUCAAGAGCGUUUGGCUAAGGAGAAUAUCUUGGACUUUGAAAAUCGCCGCAGCGGCUACUUUACGCACGUUGUCAUCUCGCCAACAUCACCGAACCGCACUUCUUUGGUGGAGACCAUGUCCAGUCCACCGAUUGUGCCAUCCUUGGAAAUUCCACCACCAGCUAAGGAAGCCAAAGAAGCAUCCAUAGCUGAGGAAAACAGUGUUGAAGUGAGUGCGGAGCAAGCGCAUGAGGAGACUCCAGCGGCUACAACUAAUGGGCAUGUUGAGGAGGAAGAAGUGGCCAAAGCAAUUGAAGAAGUAAACAGAGCUGUUGCUGGUGAGGUGGAUGAUGACAAGCCAAAUAUGGUAGAGGAUGAAAAGGCUGUUGAGUGUGAAGAGAAAUUAGUGGAGACCGUAAAAGUCGAAGCGCAAGAAGUGGAAGAACAAAAGGUUGUAGAACACAAAGCUGAGGAGCCAAAGGUUGCUGAAGAGGAGCACAAAGCUGAGACUGCCAAGGUCGAGGAAUCUAAAGUAGAGGAAAUACAGGCACCUGUUGUUUCGGUAGUGGUUACAAGCGCUCCUUUAGUUGAAGCAGAAUUGGCACAGGAUAAUCAGUUGGUCACCGCAGAUGCAGCAGAGCCUGUGCAGAAGCCGGAGGCGCCGAACUCGCAAGCCGAAGUGGCGGUAACCACUGCGGAUCAUAUCGAAACAGCUGUAGAGCCACCAAAGCCACUCGAGCGCAAGCAGUCUACUGCCGAUGAGAAACCCAAAGAAAACGGGCACGCUGCCGUCGAAGAGACGCCUAAAACUAAUGGACAUGCCGAUGAAGAUGUAACCAUUUCACACACAAAUGGUGUGGCCAAUGGCCUUUCCAAUGGCAUACCCACACCCAGUCUGCCUACGCCCGAUCCCAGCGGCGCUUUGGGCGUCAACUACGAACCAAAGACAGUAGUUUCUUUCUCUAAGGAUUUGGGUGAACCCAACAAAUAUCCCGAUACUGUGAAGAUAGUGAAGACGGCAGAGGACGUCGAUGAGAAGAAAGUUCCAGCCUCGGCGAGUGAUGAACUGAAAGAGUUGGCGAAAUUGAAAUUCGACAUCAAAGCCGAUGACAACGAUGUGCAAGUGACGCCAGUGUUGCGGACAGAGUAAAGUGGCACGAGCAGGAUGUUAAAG